UAUAAUCUGUGCUUCAGCUCAUUUGAAAUUUGAAUUAUUUCAUUUCGUAUUGAUAAUUCUUCACAUAUCUGAAUAAAGCUAUAUUCAAAAUAUACCAGAAUUAAAUAAAAAGAUGGAAAAUUUUGAGACUACUAGUUCAGAUUCAUCUGAUCAAGAGGUUCGAUCUAUCAGACGAAAAAAAGUUUAUCGCAAACGAGUAGAUCUACAAAAAUAUGAUGAUAUCGAUUUCUUCGACAGAUUUCGCUUGAAGAAAGAAACUGUUUUGCAUUUACUGCAAGAAAUAGAGGAUGCUAUAAAGAUGCCUACAAAUAGGGGCGGCUGUAUUACACCAAUACAACAACUUCUGCUAACGCUGCGAUUUUAUGCUACUGGUAAUAUGUUAAUUACCGUAGCAGACUUUAUGGGUGUUUCAGAAGCAUCUGCCAGUAGAAUUGUAAAAAGGGUAUCCAGAGCAAUAGCCUCCAGGAGCCAAAAAUAUAUAAAAAUGCCUGAAACAGAAGCCGAAAUGGAAGAAAUAGCCGAAAACUUUUAUAAGAUUGCUUCUUUCCCCCGAGUGAUUGGAGCUAUCGACUGCACACUCAUCAGAAUAGAUUCACCAGGUGGUAAUGAUGCAGAAAUUUUUCGAUGCAGAAAAUCGUUUUUUGCAUUGAAUGUGCAAACCGUAAGUGAUGCCAAAUUAAAAAUUAGAAAUAUUGUGUGUAGGUGGCCUGGAUCAGUACAUGAUCAAACUAUUUUCAACAAUUCAUUGCUGAAAUAUAAUUUUGAGAACAAUGCAUUUGGUUCCUACAUUUUAAUUGGUGACAGUGGAUAUGCAUUGAAAAAAUACCUCAUGACAAAACUGCAGCAACCAAGAACACCUGCUGAAAAUUUAUACAAUGAAUCGAUCAUUAGAACCAGGAAUACUGUGGAAAGACAGUAUGGAGUAUGGAAACGUAGGUUUCCAGUUCUGAAAUUUGGGAUGAGGCUGCAAUUAGAUACAAUACGACUGAUUAUAGUUGCAACUGCAGUGCUGCACAACAUAGCCAUCGAUAUGAAUGACAUAUUCACUAUUGAAAAUUUUGAAGAAGAGGAGUUGGAAGAUAAUCCACAACUUUUUGCAAAUGCAGUUAAUGGGGAAUAUGUGAGAAAUUUACUCAUUUCACAGCAUUUUGCUAGAUUAUAAUAUUAAAAUAAAUAAUAAAUGUUGAAUAAAAAUAA